UGUUAUGGCAAACGUAAAGCACACAAACAUCACAGCUCUCAACAGCUAAGCAUCAUCAUCAACAGCAGCAGAAGUAUCAUCGAAUCUCGUUCAGUUCAACGCUGUCCACACUCAAUCAAGACUGCAGAAUGGCCGCUCUAAGAUGCACACUUACCUUCCUGCUGGUUACCAUCAUUGUAGCCACAAUACUGUUGCGCAGCAGUGAAGCCGCCUACAGGAAGCCCCCAUUCAACGGCAGCAUCUUUGGCAAACGCAAUGCUUUAGACUACGACAACGCCAAGGCUAUGAAUGCUGCCUGUGAGGUGGCCGUGGAGGCGUGUCAAAGCUGGUUUCCACAGAACGACAGCAAAUAGGAGCACGCCCUGAGAAUGCACAUUAUGGGACUGAUCUUACACUUAC